GCGGUGGAUAUGGCCAAAGAGAGCGAAUAAAACUCGCUUGAGCACUUGUUCGUCACACAAUUGCAAGUGUGAAACAUCCCGCAGCCGCGUGCAGGAUUCUCCACGCGCAUCUUACGAGCAGCAUCAACAAAAGAAAAUAUUAGUUUUACAAUCAAGGAGCCUCGUUGCCUCCCGAGUUUCUCCAACGCUACGGGAGGACACGCUUCUCUCUUUCCCGCAUUUAAACUCCCAGCACCCGGCUGUCUGCAUCUUUCUGCUCCGUCCGCGCGCGAAUAGCGCUGGUCUCGUGUCGGACUAUAGGAUUUGGGGUGACGCCAUGGGGACAGAGGGAGGGGGUCUUCGCCAUGGAUUCUGACUUUUUAAACACUUAAUAUAAACCUAUAGAUUGCGAAACCCCUAUAGAAGUAAUUGAGCGAGCUGCGCUUUAGGUCGCAUCUCUUCCUGCCCUUCUUCGCCGAACGGGAUGGUUCCAGCGCAGCGUCGCGUGGGGUGAGAAGAUCUUGCAAGACUGGGAAGAAAAGCGAGAGAUCGAGGGAUUAUGGCACUCUACGCGCUCUGUCUUUUCACUCUGAUGCUCACCUGCACGAACUUUGACCUGGUGACUGCAGCCAGGCACGCGGUACACUGGAACAGUUCAAACAUACUACUUCGUAAGGAGGGCUACACAGUGCAGGUGAAUGUCAAUGACUACCUGGAUAUCUACUGUCCUCACUACAACAGCAGUCAGAGAGGCAUCGCCGAGCAGUACGUGCUCUACAUGGUCAGUUAUCGUGGUUACCGUACAUGCGACCCACAGCUGGGCUUCAAACGCUGGGAGUGUAACCGUCCCCACGCCCCACACGCACCAAUCAAAUUCUCAGAAAAGUUCCAGCGCUACAGCGCCUUCUCGCUCGGCUACGAGUUCCAUGUUGGGCAGGAGUAUUAUUAUAUCUCCACACCCACUCAUCACCACGGCCGGAGCUGCCUGAGAUUAAGAGUGCAUGUCUGCUGCUCAACAGAUGAUGAGCCCCAACCCACAGAGCCAGACUACACUCUAAGACCUAACAUCAAAAUCGAUGACCUCGAUGACUAUGAUAAUCCAGAGGUCCCCAAAUUGGAGAAGAGCAUCAGCGGUAGCAGUCCAUCCAGAGAUCGCCUUCUCCUAACCGUGGCAUCACUUUUCCUUAUCGCCCUUUCAGUCUCCUAGCAUCCACUUCCUAACCGUCGCCAUACCAACGAGGCCUUGGGGUGGGGGGCUAGGAAAGAAACUGGAAAUGGAACACUUGAUGCUGCAGCAGCUUACGGAGUGUCAAGCACCAGCCCACAAUUCAACAGUGGU